AUGGCUGCAUUAGGAGGUGAAUUUGGUAGCUUUUGGAAGCUGCUCAAUUCCGAGUUGCAUUCACUUUCAUCAGAGUCGAAGAAAAGGAAUACUGCUAUUAGGAAUGCUAGCGAUAAAUCAAUUGAAAUUUUGAAAGUAGUUCACAGUUAUGAGGAAUUAUCAAGACAUCCAGAUUUUAUAGUACCGCUAGUGAUGUCAUGUGCAUCCAAGAAUGCCAAAUUGACUACUAUAUCAAUGCAAUGUUUCCAAAAAUUGGCCACAGUGCCAUGUAUACCGGUCGAUAAACUCUCAGACGUACUUGAUGCGUUUAUAGAGGCCAACCAGCUGGCAAUGGAUAUAAAACUAAAGGUUUUACAGGUUCUACCAAUUUUUUUCCAAGUUUAUGGUAAAUACAUCUACGGGGAACUCUGCGUGAAACUCUUAAAGUGCUGUUCAGAUCUUUUACAACUGCCAAAUAAAUCUUCCAUGGUUGUGGGUACUGCAAGUGCUACGCUACAACAAUUGAUAGAUGAAAUUUUUGAGAGACUGUCAUUGGAAAAGAAAAACCCUGAUAAUAAGAUUAAUGAAGAUAACAAUUAUGAAGUAUUAGUGGGUAAUAACGAGCACAUUAAAGUUAACAUAUACCGUUUAGAUGCUAACAGAUUGUUUUCGGAUCUAUGUUCUUCAUUUGUCCCCAAUGAACAAGCCCCUAAAGAUAUUUUAUUAGAUGUUAAAAACUUGCCCAUCAAUUAUGGAUUGGAAAUUUUGGAAUCGGUUUUAACCAAUAGUAAAUGUGUCUUCCUAGAAUAUCGAGAUUUACAGUUUCUUUUAAGAAUUAAAGCUGUUCCGCUUUUACUUAGAUGCAUAUCUUCUAGCAAAAACUUUAGUACCGUGGUAAGGAGUUAUCGUUGCAUAAGACUGCUCAUAAAGGAAGAGUACUUACAAAUACUGGAAUUAGAAUUAGAAGUGAUUUUAUCGCUAUUAAUUCGCAAUAUCUCACAUGAUUCGGAUACACCUUUAUGGAAGAAAGCCCUCUCUUAUGAGACUUUUAUGGACAUUUCUAAAGAUUUUAAUUUAGUACGUGGCAUCUAUAUGACUUAUGACCAUUUCCCAGAUAAAAAGCACAUAAUAUCCAAUUUACUACAUGAUUCUCUGCAAUUAUUGUCUACAGAGGAGUUUGCUCAACAACUAUGCGAAUCAAAUGUUGUUGAGAAGAUGGAUCUCUCGCUAAUAUCCACAGAGACCUCAGCGGUAAAGACACAGUACGUACAACUAUUGGAUAAAUCUACUCCGCCCCCGGUGAAUGUAACCUAUUUGAUAUGGCUCAUAUUAUCGACUACUAAUGAUUUGUCUGAUGGUCUUAGCGCUUCUGUCCUACAUUGUUCUCAAACAGAAUCUGAAGAGGAGAAAGUAAUCAUGUCCAAUGUCCUGAAAGGUGUCUUUCCUGGUCUCUUCGAAAUCCAUAAAAAGUUUCUUUUCUCUACAUCGCUGGACAAUGCUUUGUUUCACUAUUUGAUCAGAGCAUUUCAGAAACUGGCCCACGCUACAGGUAUCCUAGACCAAACGGAACAACUGAACCAAUGUUUGCAACUGUUCUCCAUGUCGAUUGUGAAAAAUGUUGAUAUAGCCAAAGAAAAAUUAAAAGUAGAUUCCCAACAAAACUCUACAGUUCUCAACACUCUGAGUGAGACCCUCAUAGGUUCUUCGGCUUUCGAUAAGUCUGCAACUUUACCUACAGAAAAAAAAGGCCUCCCACCGAGAUCUUUAAACCAAAGACACGUUUCCUUAUUUCGGGCGUUGAUCUCGCUCUCUAUCUCUUUGGGACCAUCUUUAGAAUUUUACAGCUGGAAGUAUAUUCUCUGCACCUGGCAAUGGGUAGCCUAUUAUAUCUAUGGUCCAUCUGCCGAUUUUAUGGAAAAUUUCUACGUACAGGACGUUCCUCCACCACCUGCCAUGACAAAAGGCGAAGUGGUUUCCAUCGAAAGCAGCAUUGGGAAAUUAUUGGAAAGCACAUCUUCUUAUCCUAACCCUGCAUUUAAAACGCUUCUAGAUGCCUUAAUAUUCGAGUCUAAACAAACCUUGGAAUUGGCCGCCGAAGUGGAUGAAAAGGAGAAGAAGAAAGAUAUGAAUCCAGCAAAUCAAGUAGACAUUCCAGCCUGCAUUUACAACAGAAUUUUUUUUGUUGCUCAAAUUGGCGAAUUAGCUAUUUACAACAGUGCUAGGUUUUUACAAGAUCAACAGGAAAGAGAAUGUUGGACGACAAUCAUGAACUAUUUGAUCUCAAUAAUUGCAGAUCGAAAAUUGAAAAGCGUAUCAUUUCGUCUAUACGCUAAUAAAAUUUUAACAGAUAUCAUCAGGAAAACUUCAAUUGAGCUAGGGAGCGCUGAAGAUCAAGAAAUAAGAAACAGGAAUUUCGGUGUUCUAGAGACAUUGGUGAUGGAUUCGUUGCUUGGUGUCAUCGAGGCAUUCAGGAAAUUAGAAGUCGGUAAAGAUGAAAUUUACCAUGGAGUUGCCAAUGCGGAAUCUGAGAUUUUGUUUGAACUUUUGACCACUUUAAAAGAUCUUUUGAAUGAAUUUGGAGAUAUGUUGGGUCAUAGUUGGUCAACAGUUUUUAGCAUCAUAAAUUCUCCUUUUGAGUGGGGUCAGAUAGAUGCCAACCCUGUCUUUGUCACUCACCAGGACAACUCUUCGCUAGUGCAUGGGAUCAUUCAUAAGCGUGGAGAGAUGAUUCAAGUUUCUUAUGAAGUCUUCAAAUUAAUUUCAGACGAUUUUUUACAAGCUUUACCACUUGAUGUCAUUAAGGGAGUUAUAGACACCUUAAUGAACUUCGUGACACAAGACAUGAAUCUAAACAUCUCUUUCUCUUCAAUAAGUCAGUUUUGGUUAGUAGGAGAUUACCUUCGGGUUCGUAAGAGAUCUGAAAAAGAUGAAGGUAUGGAGUCUGAAUUCGUUUCAGAGAUCCAAAGAGGCGAGCUUACCCAAACAAUAACUUCAAAGGACGCGCCCUAUUAUAAGACGUACAAUGGGCUCUGGUUAUAUCUUCUGCAGAAGCUAGUUGAAUGCUCAAAAGACAAGCGCAUUGAGGUCGAAAAUGGAGCAAUGCAAACUUUUUACCGGAUUGUCGAUUCUCACUCCUCUUAUUUCCCUAACUGGAACUUGAUAUUCUUAGUUGUUAUCAAACCUUUGCUCACAGAUCAUUGUUAUAAUGAGGAACUUUCGAAAGGGUCUGAUUUCUGGGGCCAUACGCUGCAAGGUUUGGUCAAAUUAUACUGCUCUCAUUUUUCCAACUUCGUGGAAAACACGUAUGCAACAGAAGAAUGGUUAACAUUUCUUGCAGCACUUCAGUAUUUUUCAUCUUCAACUUCAACAGAAGUAGCCUUUGUGGCCAUUGAAAACUAUCGAAGCCUUUUGGCCUUUGCUACAAAAUUAGAGGUAUUUCCAUCUGAAGUCUUGGAUAAGUGUAUCGAGAUAUGGUCUGGUUACCGCAUUGUAUAUGGAGAUAUCACUGAUUCAAGUGGCAGUUAUUCGAGGAAAAGUGGGUACGACUGCAUCGAAGAACUCAUCAACGCCUUCCCCUGCCUUUAUCAAAUCAUCGUCAAAUACAACGGUAUUAGUGUUGAGUUUGUGGAAAAGAGUUUGAGUUUAUUUUAUUCAGCGGUACGUUAUCCACUGCUUCCUGAACACAUAAGAGAUAGUAAUAAACCUUCUUCACUGCAAGCUGCUGUUCUUAGCGGUCUUAAGACAUUUGAACUUACGCAAAAGAGCGAAAUCGAAGUUUUGGUGCUUCUUCAAUUGAGCGUAAUGGUGACACUUCCUUUUGAAACACAUGAAAAGAUUGAGAGAAAGCUUUUACCAAAGCUUUCUAGAUCUCAAAAAUCUCGGAUUCCUUCGUUUGAAGCUGUUUGCUACAAAUCUUUUGAAGAGUUGAACAGAAGACUUGAAUCACGUCAUGAUUUGGAUUUUGCAUCUACAUCUACGAAAAAACUGAUGGUGAAAGUGAUGAGAAAUCUGGGAGAGGUAGCAGGUAGGAAAUCGUUGAUUGAUGUGAGCGCGAAUAAAGAUAUGCCAAUAUGGAUCUUAUCAUCCCAAUGCUUCAGAGUUUUGUUUACCCGUUUAUUCAAGUCUUUUACGGAACCCGCAGUACCAGAGAAAGUGAAAGGUGACUUUUUUGGUGUGUUCGUUAGUGUAGCGAUUUCAUCCUUGAAGAAAGUUGAUGAGAGUACAGAUAGCAAGACAGAGGUGGCAGAUUUACGAGAAUAUACCAAUUUCCGUGAUAUUAUGUUUCGUGAAGAUAUUAUCAAGUUUGUAGAGGAUUCCAAAAUUGAUCUUUUCCUUUCAGCUAUUUGGCGUUGUUCCUUUUUAUAUGAAACAGACGAGGUGGAAGAGGAAAUUCUCAAACGUUGUAAUUCAAUCCUUGAGGUUGCCCAAAAGUUAUCUACUUUCGAAUUUGGCGAUAUUGCAGGUUGUAUCGUUGAAAGGCCAGUUUUGAGGAAACAUAAUUGUUCAAUAGCUUGUCUAGAGGAUCUAUUACGUUUCAUAAUAACUCCAGGUGAAAAAUUCGCAAGGCUAAGAAAAUUGUCUGCACCAUAUUUGGUGUCCCGUGUGGCAUUUGUAUUAAGGCGUUAUGUCUCCAACGAAUCGUUAGUAAGGCGUGCACCAAUUCCCAAAGUUAGAAAAAUUGAAUUGGAAAUUUUAUUGCCUGGGUUACACAGAGCAAUUGACCUAUUCUUAACACAAAAUGAUCUGGAAGAGAAAAGUGUUAUUGACGCUCUUAAAUUAUUGCAUCCUCUUAUUUUGAGGGCUAUUCCUCUAUCUCACAAAUUAAAUGUGCUACAAAAUGAAGUAAUGGAAUUAUCACUAAGUUUUACGAAAUUAGAAGCAAAAUAA